AAGCCGUACAUUCCUACUUUGAAGCGAUUCUUUCCCCGUUUAACUGAAAAUGAUGUUCAACGUAUGGUGCAAAGUAUUUCUCCUCCAUGUUGCUGGGUGUCUUUCUCUGGAGAGUCGGCCAGAUCCACGCAUAGUCGGUGGCUUUCCAGCCGAUAUCGCCAACAUUCCCUAUAUAGUGUCCAUACAGCUGUACGGCAUCCACCAUUGUGGCGGCUCCAUCAUAAAUAACCAUACCAUCCUAACGGCUGCCCAUUGUUUAUCCGGAGUGUCACGUCGUCUGCUGAAAGUUAAGGUCGGCGGAACGUCGCGCUACCGCAAUGAUGGGGAACUAUUCUCGGUGGCUGACCUGCAUACCCACGAGAAGUUCAAUGCCAAGACCAUGGACUAUGACAUCGGAAUCAUCAGGUUGUCCAAAAACCUAACGCUUUCUAGAAAGGUGAAGGCCAUUCCCAUAAACCCCAAAAAAGUAGCCGAAGGCAUCUAUGCCACCAUUGCCGGCUGGGGAUUCAAGUCCAUGAAUGGUGCUCCCUCGGAUAGUCUGAGGUAUGCUCGAGUUCCGAUCGUGAAUCAGGCGGCCUGCAGGGACUUACUGGGCAAAAGUGUGACGGAUCGGAUGCUCUGUGCCGGCUACCUCAAGGGUGGCACGGAUGCCUGCCAGAUGGACUCCGGAGGACCCUUGUCGGUGAGGGAGCAACUGGUGGGCAUCGUGUCCUGGGGAGUGGGGUGCGCCCUGGCGGACAAGCCGGGAGUGUAUGCCCGACUCGAUGAACUGCAUCCAUGGCUAAACAAGGUCUUGAAUAAAUCAUAAAAAAUAAAGUGAUACCACUACCAGUUUCACUAUUCCAGCAGUUGGCACCCAUGAAAAGCGCAUAAAAACGGGGAAGGUAAUACUUUCACCCCAGAAGUAAAGCGCAUUUUAUCGUAAAAAAAAAUAAUAAAAACUUUAAGAUUCAUAAAAAUGCAAACUAUUUAUGAAUA